UGCAUCGCUAUGGUAGCGGCGUCCUGGUGGGCCGGGCCUCAAAGCUCCUAGCCCGGUUGGGCCUGGUUGAUGGAGGAGUUCGUCUCCUGUGGGGCAUGAGCGCGGCCUCCUGGUGCCAUCCGCGCCGUUGCCGCAGCUUCCCGACUGUGGGCCCCCUCCGGGAACAUGCCCCAGGCUGCCUACUGCUACGUGCGGGUCGUGGGCAGGGGUAGUUAUGGAGAGGUGACGCUCGUGAAGCAUCGGCGGGACGGCAAGCAGUACGUCAUCAAAAAACUAAACCUGCGAAAUGCCUCUAGCCGAGAGCGUCGAGCUGCUGAACAGGAGGCUCAGCUCUUGUCUCAGCUGAAGCACCCCAACAUCGUCACCUACAAAGAGUCAUGGGAGGGAGGAGAUGGUCUGCUGUACAUCGUCAUGGGCUUCUGUGAAGGAGGUGAUCUGUACCGGAAGCUCAAGGAGCAGAAAGGGCAGCUUCUGCCUGAGAGCCAGGUGGUGGAGUGGUUUGUGCAGAUUGCCAUGGCUUUGCAGUAUUUACACGAGAAACACAUCCUUCAUCGUGAUCUGAAAACUCAAAACGUCUUCUUAACAAGAACAAAUAUCAUCAAAGUGGGUGACCUAGGAAUUGCCCGGGUGUUAGAGGAUCACGGUGACAUGGCGAGCACCCUCAUCGGCACACCCUAUUACAUGAGCCCUGAGCUCUUCUCCAACAAACCCUACAACUAUAAGUCUGAUGUUUGGGCUCUGGGAUGCUGUGUGUAUGAAAUGGCCACCCUGAAGCACGCUUUUAAUGCAAAAGACAUGAAUUCUUUAGUUUAUCGGAUUAUUGAAGGAAAGUUGCCACCAAUGCCAAAAGUUUAUAGCCCAGAGCUGGCAGAACUGAUAAGCACAAUGCUGAGCAGAAGGCCUGAAGAAAGACCCUCUGUGCGGAACAUCCUGAGGCAGCCUUAUAUAAAACAGCAAAUCUCCUUAUUUUUGGAGGCCACAAAGGCAAAAACUUCCAAAAACAAUGUUAAAAACUGUGACUCCAGAGCCAAGCCUGUUGCUGCUGUAGUUUCCAGAAAGGAAGAAUCAAAUCAUGAAGCGAUACAUUCCCAGCCACGCUCUUUGGAGGGCUCCACUGUACAUGACAUGGUUGAAGAUGAAUGUUUGUCCCAAGAGAAGCCAGUGGCCAUUGGUCACUUGAAAUUACCUGCUAGUCUCAAGGGCCACACUGGCAAACAAGACAUGAACACUACAGCAGAGUCACUCGCCACAGUCGGUAGGGUACAUGUCGACAUCUUACCUGCAGAAAGGAGGGACUCAGUGAACGAUGGCAUAGUUCAGGAGAACCAGCCAAAACACUCGGAUGCCUCUAGUGAAACAGACAGUCAAUGCAGUGUUUCCCAGGAGAAGGAGAGGCUACAGGGUAAUGCCAAGUCCAGUGAUCAGCCUGAAAAUAUCCUUCCCAGAGGGCCCUCUGCUGAUGUGGAUGGGGAAGGGAAUGAACCAGUGAAGCCAUUGCAUCCCCCAAAUAAAGACCAAAAGCCAGAGUACCAGGAUCAAGUUACCGGUGGAUGUAUUAUAGAAAAACAGGACGGCAUCCAUCCAAGACUCCAGCCACAGAGCUCCAUGUCUGAACCUUCUGUGUCCCGACAGCGAAGGCAGAAAAAAAGAGAACAAACUGACCAUGGUCGAACAAAGAGCCAGUUCCAGGAAUCACCCCCUCAGCUUUUGCCUUCUCACCCUGCUAUUGGAAAAGUGGAUGUCAUAUCAACACAGCAAAAUAAUGAAAACCAAAAUAGACCUGUGGCCGGGUCUGUAAACAGUUCAAGGAUCGGUUCAACAUCAUCAUCAAAGGAUCGGCCAUUAUCGGCCAGAGAGAGAAGACGACUGAAGCAGUCGCAGGAAGAGAUGCUCCCCUCAGGCCCUUCAGUUCGGAGAACUCCAAGUGCAGUAGAGUCAGUGAAGCCCCAGGAAGAAGAGAAACCCAUCCCUGCCCGACGAUUCUCUUCUGACUGCAGCAUCACUCAGGUGCAUCACACACUCCUGAGGGAAAAGGAAAAGAGCCUGAUACAUGGUCUGUCUGAGGAUGAGUUAAGUUCUUCUACGAGCUCAACUGAUAAAUCAGAUGGGGAUUCCAGGGAAGGGAAAAGCCAUACAAAUGAAAUGAGUGACUUGGUACAGUUGAUGACCCAGACUCUUAAGCUGGAUUCUAAAGAGAGCUGUGACAAUCUCCAGGUACUAAAUCCAGUAUCAGAAUUCAAACUUCAUCGGAGGUACCGAGACACACUGGUACUUCACGGCAAGGUUGUAGAAGAGGUGGAACUCCACUGUAAAGAGCUGCCUUCAGCUAUCAUACCAGGUUCUGAAAAGAUCAGGAGAAUAGUUGAAGUCUUGAGAGCUGAUGUAAUCCAAGGCCUGGGGGUUCAGCUUUUAGAGCAGGUGUAUGAUCUUUUGGAGGAGGAAGAUGAAUUGGAGAGAGAGGCACGACUGCAGGAGCGCAUGGGGGAAAAGUACACAACUUACAGCGUGAAAGCUCGCCAGCUAAAAUUUUUUGAAGAAAAUGUGAAUUUUUGAGAUUUGUUCUAACAUGCAGCCAGAACUAAAAACUCUAUUUUCAAAGGUUAUUAUCUUUAAAAAAAAAAAAAAGGAAAGAAAAAGAAAAGGAAAGAAAGAAAGAAAGAAAGAAAGAAAGAAAGAAAGAAAGAAUGGGGAUUUAGCUCAGUGGUAGAGCGCUUGCCUAGCAAGCACAAGGCCCUGGGUUCGGUCCUCAGCUCUGGAAAAAAAAAAAAAAAAAAAGAAGAAAAGAAAAACCGUUUCAGUUGCUCAGAGUCCAUCCUUUGAUAUUUCUUUGGGAUCUUCUUACUAUAAAAAAUUGACAAGGUAGACUAAUGUGAAACAAGUUUGCAAAAGAAACCUUUGAAUAUCAUGUUUAUAAGGAAAAAUGUUUUAUGUUUGUUAGUUUACUGAACCUUAAACCAAUUUUAUAUCUAGUUUAUUUUUUUAAAGAUAUUAACUGGUUGAAACAGGGCCAGAAACAUUGGCUUGUACUGUACUACAGUGAUACAAACAACAAGGGAAGCAAAUGUCUCAUGGUAAUGCUUGCUCCUGUUAAUAACCUUAGAAGUUAUUUAUUCUGUAAUAUAAAUUCACUAUUCUGGGAAUAGAUUUAAAGGACAUGAAGUUCUACGUUGCAUUUAAAGAACUUUUUUAUUUUUACACAUAAUGAAUUUUGAUUUACUCUUUAGACUCUUAGAACUCUUGUUCAGUCUAGAGUAUAGCUUUGUGAGUCAUUAUGACUUGAUAUAUUCUUUUCCGUCACUUAAAACAUCUCUUAAGCGUGAAUUCCUCUUUCAAUUAAGCAGUAUCUGAGGAAAACCCAGAUCCUUGGUUCUACUGGGUAUUUGCAAUUUGUGUACAGUAAAGUAGCACCUGAGUCUCCCUAUUUUAAGUACAUACUUGUAAGGCUGGGUGAAGUGGUGCAUACGUGUAAUCCUAGCACCUAGGUUCUUGUGUAUCACAUGUUGUGCUAGUUAAUAAGUAAUGUCCAUCUAGUGGGAUUUUUAUUAAUAAAUCUUUAAUACGUUUUCACUUUUUAAGAUGAAUUUUAUGGGAAUUUGUUUAAGUGUAUGUAUGUACAUCAAGUGUGUGCAGGUGCCUCAACAGGCCAGAAGAGGGUGUCAGAUUCCCUGGACCUAGCUUUGCAGGUGGUUGUGAGCCACCUGAUGUGGGUGCUGGAACUGAACCCAGGUCUUCUGCAAAAGUAAGGGCUCGGAACUGCUGAGCAACCUCUGCAGCCCUAUCACCUCUGUAUUGAAAGGACUGAAAAUUGCUUCAGAUAGUUUGUUUUCUGAGAUAGGGCCUCACUAUGUAGCUCUUGCGGUCCUAGAACUCGCUGUUGUUCAGGCUGGAGCUGUGCUUGCCCCUGCCUCCUGAGUGCUGGCAUAAAGGUGCCACUACCUUGUCUGUCUGUCAUCUUUUUCACUGUUUACCCUCCUUUCCGCCUAGUAUAUCUUUAUUCCUGUUUUCAUCUUUUGUAUUUCAAGACCAUAAAGGGACUUUUUUCCUA